ACCACAACCCUUGACAUGCUGUAAGGGAUCAUCGCCCACAGAGCCAUGGCGCCUUUGGGCGAGUUUGACUCUAAUGGGGCCAUCAGCAGCGCCUUGGGGCUCUUCGUGGUAAGGCGGCGCGCCGAGGCCGGGGAUGCGAAGCCAAGCUUCGCCAGCCUUUGCCAGGAAUGGGCUCAGCUUGCCCCCGAGCAGCGUGCUGCCUUCGAGCCACAAACUGCGAAGGCCGGGGCAGCCGACACCAAGCGCUUGCUGCUGCAGCAGCAGGAGGCGCAGAAGCUGCGGAGACCGGAGCCCAACGAGCUGAGAGAGCUCAAGCCCAAGCGGAAGCGGGCAAAGCCGGAAGAGCUGCCAGCACCGAGUUUCCCGAGGAAGGCUGACCGGGCGCCCAGCCCGGAGCGCCUGGCAGAGCUGCGGCAGCAGGUUCGAGAAGUCCAGGACUGCCAGGGCGAGGACUUGGCCAGCGCGUCGGCGCGGCUGCUGUGCCCGCGGCUGACCUUCGAUUGGGGGGAAGAGGAGGGCCUGAUGGUGGAGCCGCCCCAGGGCUGCGACCUCCGGCAACUCUUGCGGGAGGAGCAGCAGCGGAGCAUCUCCGUGCAGAAGGCGCAGAAACUGCUGAGAAGCUGAGCGGUUCCUCCAUUUGCCUGCCUCUUUGUACAGCCCCCCCCCACGUUAGCUGCAUGCCUUUCAUACUGAAAGGCAGACGCACGCAUUUGAAGCAACGCGCUGUGUUCAUGAUGCCAAUUCUGGCAGCGAGCGCGUGCGAGCGGACACGCCCGUUCGCGGCACUAAUUCGGUCUCAACCCCCGGAGGCUGGGCGUUGGGUUCAGAGAG